AUUGGUACUGAUGUUGCUUGGCCAUGUACCACUUUCAUCUUUCAGGUCGCAUCUUUUCAAGGAGUGGCUGUCCGCAGCCUCUGCACAUCCUCCCCUCAUGAACACCCAGAACACGGAAGAUUAGUUUAUAAAGGAAAUUUGGCAAAGGCAGUGUUAGGUGUGAGGUUUUUCUCUUACUCCACCAGCAUAUUCAACCUAUUCAUGAUGCCCUACAUCAUGCUCAAAACUGGUAUUGGAUUUGAAAGCCUGAUUAUACAAGCUGCCUUUUACGGGUUGAUCGGGUUUUUUACGUUUGUAACACCCGUUACUUUGCAUGUCCUUACAAAAGGCUAUGUGAUUCGACUCUAUUAUAAAGAUGAAAUGGACACAUAUACAGCCAUUACAUACAAUGCAAUCUUGGCAGAAAAAGCGACUGUUUUCCAUCAGAAAGAUGUAAAGAUUCCAGAUAUCACCAAGAUGUUUACAACAUUUUACGCUAAAACGAAAUCAAUGCUUGUUAAUCCGACACUGUUCCCGAAUCCUCAGGAUUUUAACCAUCUCAUGGGCUAUGACAAGUCCUUUUAUUUUAACUUAGAGGAGGAGAAGGAAGCUGAUGAAAGGAAAUAAUUUGAAGAUAAUGAAUGUCACUGUCAUUGUUCAUGGUGCAGUGCUGUAUAUGUGAAAGAAUGUAAAAUUCUAU